AUGAUCCGGAAGAAGCCGAAAAAGGAGAAGCCCAUCAAUCCUAUUAUUUUGAAUACAGCCGAGCCGCCGACGACUUUAAAAGAACCCGAGCCGGUGCUCGCCGAAAGCACCCCGAUCAGGUUUGCGCGCCCACAGAAGGUGUUUCCGCUCACGACCGAGAUUACGAGCGAGCCCACCUCCGAUGACCCUAUGCCAUCCCACCAUCAGCCAGAUGGCGAUCACGAGACGCUGAGCGAGCCGCAUGCCUGGGCACAGUCGACGAAUGACUAUCGGAAAAUGUCCGAACUUGAGAAGCUCGAGGAGGAGAACACGGAUUGGGCCCAGGAGGAACUGAUGAACGCCCCCGGGCGAAUGCGUGCCAGCCACCGUAUACCCCACCCCAAACCGCUGACGAUAGAUGCCGUUGAUAUGAACAUGUUAGGGAGCGCUGAGUACCCGACGAUGGUUCCAACAUUCACCCCGGCGCACCCGAACGGACCGGAAUGGCGAUUCACCGAUUCUCCCUACCACCUGCCAGCCCGUGGCCGACACCUGGAGCUGGAGCCGCAGGAGGAUACGGGCGCUGUGGAGCGUUUCGACGCAUACUCGGAUGACGCCGAGCCGGAGCAUGAGACACGGAAUUAUGGGAGGAAAGCGCGAAAAUCGGAGAAGCCGAACGGAGAGAUCUCGGCCCCCUCACCAGCCACCGGAGUCGACCAGUCGCAUAUGCGGGUGAUGGAUCUGAUCACGCUAUUGGGCUGCCGAGAUAGAGACGUCACAACGUGUGCCCAUAUCAGCGAGGAAACCUGCCGAACGAGGCCUGGGUAUUAUUUAAAGCUGUGCCCGGUAAAGUGCAAGAAUUGCAAUGGCCUCCUCUGCUACGACUCGGAGAAAAUCGACUGCGCUUCGGUGAAGAAGAAGGGCGGAUGUAAAAACAGCGAGCCACCGAGUAUUGCCCUCGAACAGGGCCUCUCUCGUUGCAAGGACGAGCUGGAAACGUGCGAGCAGCUGGCGACGACCGGCGUUUGUGACCAUCCCUAUAGCCAAUCGGCGAUGCGGAUGUACUGCGCGAAGAGCUGCGGCUUCUGCAAGGACGCCACGUAUUAUAUGACGGAAGCGCCGCAGAAAGACGAGCAGAAGCUGCCCGGG